UUUCAGUUUUACAGUUUAUGUUGCAGAGAGUAGCAGUUAAUUGGCGAUGAAAUGGAAACUUCCGAUGAGAAUACACAGCUGAAGGAAGACUUUCAGAAUAAAGAAGAUGACAGCACCAAAGAACCGGACUCAAAACUAGAUAUAAAUGAAGCAUUGGAAACAGCAGGAUUUGGAUGUGGCACAUUUCUUUUCAGUUUGGGACCGUUUUUGUUGUUCUGUUUAGAAGGGGGAGAAAUAAUGAUUUUGUCAAUAGUUGGAAUCAUGGUGAGAUGUGAGUGGGAGCUCACUACUUUCUGGGUUACUGCUCUUCAGAUAACCGUCUUCAUAGGCAUGGCGCUGGCAUCGCUCCUUUUUUCUGGAGCGGGUGAUAAAUUUGGCAGGAAGCCAGUAGCUCUAGCUGGAGCUAUAGGAGUUACCAUAGCAGGAUUGUUAUGUGGACUUGCUACAAAAUACUGGCAUCUAGCUGUACUGCGGGGACUUGUUGGGGUGUUUAUUGGGGUAUCAAUAGGUCCUGGUCUUGCUCUCACAGCGGAAAUAUCGACAAUUAAAAUUAGAGGCUUUCUAGUCUCAUAUGGUUCGCUGGCGUGGGGGAUAGGUGCGUCACUGACAAGUGCUUUGGCGUAUUUCGUCGUUGAUCCCUACGGCUGGAGAGGCCUUAUGAUAGGAACUGCCAUCAUGUUCUCGCCAUCAAUACUCUUCUUGGCCAUCGCGGGAGAGUCUCCAAGAUUUGACGCAAAGAAGGGUAACUGGGACAGAGCGGAAAGAACUCUUCUAACUGUCGCAAAGUUGAACUGUACCGCGGGAAACAUGACCGUCAGACUAAAACGGGGACAAAAGAGUGAUGACAAUAGCGGACUUGGAUGCUGCAGUUCUUUAACAUACAUCAAAUCAAACGGGCUUUUAAAGAACCUGAUAGUAAUCACUACGUUUGGUGCUGCAGCUACGUUUAUUUACUAUGCCAUAAGUUACUCUAUGCCAAGGUUCCUCAACGAAGGCUACUGUUCUGAUGAAAUAGUGCCCGUGGAGCUAUCUUGCCAUUUUGAUAAAUCUGUUUUGUUUGAUUUGGGGAUUAUCAGCUUGUUCGAGCCCUUGGGAGUCUUAGUAGCUACUGUGAUGAUAGAGACGCGAUUGGGCCGCAAAAUCACCUUCCAAUCUUCAGUUUUAUUGCUACUGAUCGCUACAGCCUCCUUGUACGUAUGUGUAAACAAAACAUACGCCUUCGUAUUUUUCACAAUAUCUAAAUUUGCUGCAGCACAAAUAGUGUUCGGUCUGUACCUACUGGGGGCGGAAUACUUCCCAACAGAAGUGAGAUCGUUUGUAAUAGCUGUCGGGCUGGGUUUUUGGAGGGUGGGAGCCUCUGCUGGUAUUGCCUGCUCUCAGUUUAUCUUUAAUCUCCACCCAAGGAUUGUGUUAGCAUUUACUCAAAUCGCGGCUGUUGUUGUCAGUAUUUGUCUGUGUGUUCUUGGAAAGGAAACAGCAGGAACUCACAUCGAGUAAGGUAAGUUUGACUUCUACUCACUUCAGUUCCUGCAUCCAUCUCAACUCUGGGCCAUUAUCUAUAUACAUUAUACAACUAUGUAAAAUAUUUUAUAUAUGGACUGUUGUGACAACAUUUUAACCGAUUUACAAAGAAAGCUAAAUGUAGCUGGUAUGGUUGCUUUUUCAUAAAUCAAUUUACAGAUGUUUAAAACCUUACCAAUGUUUCGUGAACACUGAACACCCCGUAUUUCUAAUAAAACCUAUUGCUUUAGUUGCCUAGUAACUGUUGUCUAGCAACUGUUGAAUAUCUACUGUUGCCUAGCAACUGUUGCCUAGCAACAGUAAAGAUACAAGUACACUGUUGAUAAGAUUAAGGAUCUAUUUUGUAUUAGUUAAUUGUUGGGUAUUGUUAGUGGCUAGGUCUUUUUGUGUAAUUUAUUUUUGAGUAUCCAUUUAUUUUUUUUGGGUUUAACCAGUUGGUUUUUUUCGGUGUGUCAAUAAAAUCAAUUUUAUUGUAUGUAUACUACAUUUUAUUCACCAUUUUUCUUUGUCAGUUAAACUGAUAUUAUCUCUAAGUUGACAUUAUUUAGUAUUUUUCGAUCAUGUGAGACCCGUGGCCGUGUUUUUAACUUUCUGCUCCGAGGAGAGAAAGUAUUUUGAGGAGAGCUGCUCAGACAUGGGCACCGUAUUGUGUAAACUAUUUAGUCAUAUUUUAUACAACAUCUUUGUCGCAUUGCAUAGUAAUGGGGUAGUAAAUACAGUGUUUCGUUCAAAAUGUUUGAAAUUGUAAGAAAGUUAUUACGUUAAUACA